CCGCGCCCUCUGGAGACAAAUUCCAAGAAAGAAAAGGAGAAGGAGAAGACCCGACCGAGAUCUCGGUCACGUUCCAAAUCAAGAUCCCGGACACGGUCUCGCUCUCCUUCUCAUACUCGACCUAGACGGCGUCAUAGAUCCCGAUCAAGAGCGUACUCCCCGAGAAGGCGGCCAUCUCCUCGAAGAAGAACUCCACCAAGACGAAUGCCACCUCCACCCAGGCCUAGAAGAAGUAGCUCUCCAGGGAGACGAAGAAGGCGUUCAUCGGCGUCCUUGUCCGGAAGUGGUUCGUCAUCUGCUUCGUCUCGUUCCCGGUCACCGCCAAAGAAGCCUCCUAAGAGGACAUCCAGCCCCCCUCGGAAAACUCGUAGGUUAUCUCCUUCAGCAGGUCCUCCGAGGCGAAGGCAUAGGCCGUCACCUCCAGCAACUCCGCCGCCAAAAACUCGUCAUUCCCCAACACCCCAGCGGCCAAACCGUACAAGACGAAGUCGUGUUUCUGGCUCUCCAGGGAGAACUUCAGGUAAAGUGACAAAACGCAAAGGUACUGAGAAAAGAGAGUCCCCUUCACCAGCACCGAAGCCUAGAAAAGCAGAGUUAUCUGAAUCGGAAGAAGAUAAAGGUGGCAAAAUGGCUGCCGCAGAUUCUGUGCAGCAGAGACGUCAGUACACACGACGGAAGCAGCAGUCUUCAUCUGAUUCUGGCUCCUCUUCUUCCUCAGAAGAUGAGCGACCCAGAAGGUCCCAUGUGAAGAAUGGUGAGGUAGGCAGGCGGCGGAGACGUUCCCCUUCCCGGAGUGCCUCUCCAUCACCUCGAAAGCGCCAGAAAGAGACUUCCCCUCGUGGUAGUCGGAGGGGGACCCCCUCCCCACCACCCACCAGAAGGCGCCGUUCUCCUUCUCCUGCCCCUCCUCCUCGAAGGCGCAGGCCUCCCACACGGCCACCUCGACGAAGGACUCCUUCUCCUCCCCCCCGGCGCCGCUCACCUUCCCCGAGAAGCUACUCUCCUCCAAUACAGAGGAGAUACUCUCCUUCUCCGCCUCCAAAGAGAAGAACGGCUUCUCCCCCUCCCCCUCCCAAACGUAGGGCAUCGCCAUCUCCACCACCAGGGCGCCGGGUCUCCCAUUCUCCACCUCCCAAACAGAGAAGCUCCCCGGUCACCCAGAGACGUUCGCCUUCGUUAUCAUCAAAGCAUAGGAGAGGGUCUUCCCCGAGCCCAUCUACCCGGGAGCCCCGGUCACCACAACCAAACAAACGGCAUUCGCCCUCACCACGGCCUCGAGCUCCUCAGACCUCCUCAAGUCCUCCACCUGUUCGAAGAGGAGCAUCAUCGUCACCCCAAAGAAGGCAGUCCCCAUCUCCAAGUACGAGGCCCAUUAGGAGAGUCUCCAGGACUCCGGAACCCAAAGAGACAAAGAAGGCUGCCUCACCAAGCCCUCAGUCCCUAACGAGGGUUUCAUCCUCCCGAUCUGUCUCAGGAUCUCCUGAGCCGGCAGUUAAAAAACCCCCAGCACCUCAGCCUCCUGUCCGGUCUCAGUCACCCUCUACCAACUGGUCACCAGCGGUACCGGUCAAAAAGGCUAAAAGCCCAACACCAAGCCCGUCUCCGGCAAGGAACUCAGACCCAGAAGGAGGUGGAAAGAAAAAGAAGAAAAAGAAGGACAAGAAACACGAAGAGGGUAAGAAGCACAAGAAGCACAAAAAACACAAGAAGGAAAAGGCCGUGGCUGCAGCCGCUGCGGCUGCUGUAACCCCUGCAGCCAUUGCUGCUCCCACAAGCCCAUCAGCACAGGGGGAACCAGAAGCGGAGCCCGAGCCUAAGAAGGAGACCGAAAGCGAGCCCGAAGACAACCUCGAUGACUUAGAAAAGCACCUGCGUGAAAAGGCGCUGAGGUCGAUGCGGAAGGCUCAAGUGUCCCCACAGUCUUAGGUGGGAAUGUGUGUUACGAUGUACAUUUUAUUUGGUUUGUAUGCAAUUCAGUUUCAAAAUUGCUAAAAUGUGUUUGAGCUUUAGACUAUAACAUUUGUUGUAAUAAUUGCUAGGUUGAAGUUCACCAUGUAAAAAAAAAGGGCAUGGAUUUACAUUGCAAAAGGUGUCCACAGUGUAUUAGUGACAUUCUUUCAUUGACAGCUGACAUAAAUCUCAUUUACAGUGAAAUAUUUUAAGCCAAAAAAAAAAAUCCCCUUUUUAAAAAAGGGGGUUUCAAUAUUGUUGGCAUUCUUACGGUUUCUUUAAAGGCCUUGGCUAUUCCCAGAGGUUUUCCUUUCUUUUCGGUUUUUUUCCCCCCUUUAUUUUUUCUCAUUUGAGUCUUAGCACCCAUUUAAGUUAUGAUGCUUCCAACCUUGUAUGGUUUGCAAGCUAGCCCAGAAAUAAGACCACUGUUGAACUACCACAGAAGUAUAAAUGAACAUUUUGAUGCCACAAUCUUUCCUGUUGCCUGUGGAGUCUCUGCUGAAAUGAAUCCAGAUUCGAGCUCUAGGAUGAGACGGCAAAUGAAAGCAUGUUGUUUGCCAGGACACUGUGGGUUUAUAUGGAUGUGUAACAAGUUGAUUUGGAACACUGGAAUUCCAUUCUAUUCUGUUGUGGUUUUUGUAAAGGCAAUUAACUAGUCCCAGGAAGGAUCCUUCAGUUACAUAAACGUUUGUUUUAUGAAA